AGCUUUGGGUGGGCGCCCUGCGCGCCAGCUGGCCAGCUGCCUUAGUUUGCGGGGCCAGCUGUGCUGCUCCAUGGGCCAAGAGAAUGCGGUGAAGAGCGAUGAGGAUCUUUAUCGCGAGUUGAAAUGGCUCCUUCCGACCACUAGCUUGGACAUCUAUGUGACGGCUGGAACGUGGCAGCGAGACUUGCUACUUGUGGAUCUGGAGCUUAUCAAGGCCCACCGUCGCGAAGCUGGUGCUCCAGAGGUGGCACCUGUGGAUCUUAAGAAGGUGCUGCCUGAGCUUCAGGGACGCCACAUCAAGUCACAUCCCCCUGAGGCGCCAGCGCCACUUGCACCGCCCGCACCUCCCGCGCCACCACCAGCGCCCCAUGUGCUGAAUGCGAAGGAGGCUCCGCCCAGAACGCAGUAUGUCAGCACCAGCACCGCAAGCUUUAGAAAUCUACCACCAAGAUAUCCUCCAAAUCCUCCUUCGAAGGGUGUGGUGAAGGAUGCAGUCACGAAGACAUCCGUCAGCAGGCUAGCCGGUUCCUUUGCUCUCGGCAAACGACCGGGCUCUGCACCAUCGAACCGAGUGCCAAACUCCUCUGUUCCUAAAGCGGGAGCAAGGUACGGCACGCCGAGUGCAGCCAACAGGCGGUUGGCGUAUGGAGAGCAUCCAGCUUCAGUCCGCCGCACGGAUCGUCCAGUGGUCACUGAAGAGGUGAAGUCUGUGCAUGGGAGCUACAAAAAUGGGCAGGAGGCUCUGUCCAGACCGCCCUAUGUCAGCACCAGCACCGCGAGUGUGCCACAUGUACCACCGCGAAAUCCUCCGAAUCCUCCUUCGAAGGGUGUGGUGAAGGAUCCAAUCACCAAGGGAUCUGUCAGGCUUUUGAAGCUGCUCAUUGCAUGCGCUCGGCCUGUGACAGGAUGGCAGAGGCACCUCUGGGUGCACGUGGAAGAGAUGCUGCGGCACCAAAAAGGGGCACUGUGCACCGCCCGCUUCAAGAAGUGGUCCUGCACCGCCAAAGAGUGCGCCGCCCGCUUCAAGAAGUGGUCCUGCACCGCCAAAAGGUGCGCCGCCCACUGCAAGAAGUGGUCCUGCACCACCAAAAGGUGCCCCACCUACUUCAAGAAGGUUCUGGAAGGUUCCGUGCGGUUCCCAGGUCAGGUUCCGGAAGGUUCCGAUGCGGUUCCGGUGUGGUUUCCGGGUCAGGUUCCAGAUGGUUCCGAUGCGGCUGGACAGGGCAUUCUGACGGAGAUCCGUGGCGUGACAGCUUCCAGGGACAAGCGAGCCGCAACCGAAGAGUGCAUCCGCUCAAAGACCAUCGAUGGUGAAGCAGAACAAUCUCAAGACCAUCCCGAACAGGAGGCGGCGGCUGGUGGAGUGGUUGGGAUAAACACGAAACCAAUCGUACUAAACACUGAAACAAACUCAAUGCAAAUAAUACUGGCUUGGCUCCCCCAGAUGCUAUGUUUUUUUUUUUUGCAACAACUGCAAAUACCAAUGAACAUUGCAGUUUUUAGCUCCAAAAUGUUGUAA